CCUUGGUAAAAAGCAUUUCAUAUUAAAGAUCGAUGCACUGUAUUUUAAAGUUGUUCAUAUGCUUUUGUUUUGAAUUCAUCUUAGUGUUCUAGGUUUUGUUUGUCUCGUUUUCGACAUCCCGGUAUGUUUCAUUUACUUGAAAAUGAAACCACAUGUUGAGUCACGAGUGCUGAUGCAGGAAGUGGAGUUUGCAGCGGGUGUGGUGUGUGUACAUGGUAUAAAUACAGACAGUGUUUGACAGUUCUCUGCCCAUCUGCUCAUUUUGCUGUGCUUGAAUUAUGAAGCCUGUUCUUUUUGUUAACAAAGGUGUGUAAUGAACUUUUUAAGCAAAUCACAAAUGACAAUUUCGGAAGAUAACUGAAGAAAAUAGGCUUGGACUGAUGAGAUGAAAAAGCAGCUGAUUUGGGGCCAAUUCAGGACAUAAAUCGAGAAAAUCUAUGCUGCAUAUAAUUACUCACAAUGGCAAGACAAGGCCCAAUCCAGGCUACUGUAUCCAGAACAGUUAACCUUCAUGUGGCGUGCUUCUGCUGCUGCAAAGCAGAAAAUGAAAUAACGUUUUCUGUAAUCUGGCAAGACCACCCUCAGUGUGCUGGAAAUAUUCUCUUGGCCAGGUGGGAAGGAUCCCAUGAGAAACUGAGGCCUGUAAAAUGUCCACCGGCAUUUCCAAAGCCACAGAAGUAUUUUCCUUGUUGGUAUUUCGUGGAGGGGUGUGGCUGCACACUCCAUGGAAUACGCUGCACCUAUGCAAGAAGUUCUGAGGAGGCCGCGGUGUGGAAUUUUCUGAAGGAGCAACAUCUCGACUACAGUCAGCUUAUUGGCUUGGUUAAAAGAGUCCAGAACAAGUCACCUGGGCAUCCUCCGAAUCAGCCAGUGCAGCCUCUGGUCAGCUCUCCCCAGUUUCAUUGUCAAGUAUGUAAGAAGUGGUUCUCCUCAGGGGAGAGAUUCAUGGAACACUGCUCUACUCCUGAACAUGAGAGGAUGAUCUUCACUGAUGCAACCGUAGAAUGGAAGCAUCGCGACCCACCUGAAAAUGUGAACCAACCCUACAAGAUAUGUGAAAGACCUUCUACUUGUGUGUAUGGGGAUAAUUGUACCUCGGCUCACUCUUUAGAGGAGCUGAUGGAAUGGCAUAUGCGGGACAAGAAUGCACGAAAGAGGAAAAUGAAAGCAGCUGAAGAGGGUUUGCUGUCCUACCAGGAGAGAUUACUCCAGGAGUACAGGGAAAGCCUCAGUGAAGUUCUCAUUAUGUCUGAGUCUGUGCCUGGUGUCACUGUGCACUGCGACAGGGAUCUAUCUGCCGCUGGUCACUUGAAGGACUUGCCUUUAAAGUGGACUUUCAAAAUAAUAUCAGAGAUGCCUCUGGCUCAUGUUGCACUGAUGAAAAAGGAAUCUGGAGCUACAUUUAGUUUCACAUGCAACAGCCCUGAAGGCCCUUGUACUUAUGCAACAGGAGGGAGGUUUUGGACAUGGGACAAGUCCUUUGAAAUUCCUGUGUACUUUACUUUGAGUUCAACCAGCACGUUCAGCCCAGGUGUGUAUGACCAGUGGCUGGUGUUUGACUUUGAUCAGAGGCCAGUGCUCUUACAGAAGCUUCAGGUGAGGGUGGGAGAUCAGAUGCUCCCUUUACCAGAGGAGAUGCCCACGGGUGUGAGGCCCCUCCCCCAGGAUUUGGAGAGAUGGCACCGGGGAAACAGAUUCAUCAUUCCCUGCAUAGUAAAAACAGAGGAGGAAGAAGAGGAGCUCCUGAGGGAAUACAAGCCUCCUCACAUGAACUUGCAGUUCAACCCCAAAGCGGAAGACCGUAGUUCCUUAACCCGCCAGAACUACAGAGAGCGAAUGCACAACUUCCUCUACAGAGAGGAGCUGGCACUAGAAGAGGUGGUGUCCAGACUCAGUCUGCAAAAAAACAUCUCCUUGACUAAAGGGAUCUCCGGGCCUGCAUUUGGGAUGAAAUUUGCUCCAGAUAUGGAGCUUUUCGCUAAAGUGCCGGUUCAUUUCUCACUGACGCCUGACACCCCGGAGGGCUACGUGCUAAGGAGAUCGGUCUGUUCAGCCCUGGUGGCCCCCGCAUCAGCAGCCAAUCAGAACAAUCAGGUCUACGAGGCGGACAUCGUUCGAGAUGCCAGCAGUGAGAACAUGAUGUGUCUGCAGCUCUCCAAAAGAUGCUGCCAUGACAUGGGGCUCCAGAACAACAUGACCUGUGACAUGGAGGUUCAGUUUCAGAUCAGUCGUCUUCCUCUCUGCGAGAUGCACGAAGCUGUCGACCUCCUUCCAGAAGUUGAGAUGGUUUUGCCAGACAUGAGCCAGUGCUGUGUUCCAGUGCACGCAGUGGAGUACCCAAGGCUUAAUGCAAAGCAGCAAGCAGCCAUGUCCUUCAUCCUUGGCGAAUCGGAUGGAAAAAGAAGCGUCGCACCUCUCCUCAUAUACGGACCCUUUGGAACAGGGAAAACUUACACUCUGGCCACAGUAGCGAAGGAGUUGGUACGUCAGCCUGGAACCAGAGUCCUAAUUUGCACUCACACAAAUAGUUCUGCAGAUUUGUACGUGAAAGAUCAUUUCCACCUCUAUGUUAAUGCUGGAAAUCCUCAGGCUCGACCUCUCAGGGUAAAAACCAACAAGAAAGGGGUGGGUACCAGUGCAACAGAUGCCAUUACGGUACAAUACUGUCACCUUUCCACGGAUGGUCAGUUUCAGUUUCCUGACAAGGCUACAGUAGACAAAUUCAAAAUAGUCAUAACCACAGCUGCAAUGGCCAGAUUGUUCCAUGGUCUGAAGCUGCCAUUAGGUUACUUCAGUCACAUCCUGAUCGAUGAAGCUUCUCAGAUGUUGGAGUGUGAAGCUUUGAUGCCCCUGAGCCUGGCGGGAAAAGGAACACGGGUGGUUCUGGCUGGAGACCACAUGCAGAUGGGUCCGAGGCUCUUCUCUCUGGAGGAAGGUCAACACCACAGUCAUAUUUUGCUGAAUCGCCUCUUCCAUCAUUAUAAAGCACUAAAAGAACACAAUGUGGCUUUGAGCAGCCGAAUCAUCUUCAACGAAAACUACCGCUCCACUAAGGAAAUAGUGGACUUUGUGUCCACUCACUUCUACGUUGGUAAGAGCGAUGUCAUCAAGGCCAGUGGGGCAGUGCCUCCGCACCCCUGGCACCAUCCUUUGAGGUUCCAGCAUGUUCACGGCCAGUGCCACUUGGACUCGACGACCAUGUCCUGGCUUAAUCCACAGGAGGCUGAGAUUGUUGUGCAGGUUGUGAAACAACUGGUUGAGGAAUGGCCACCACAGUGGGGAAAUCGGGAAAGAAGAGCAAUAUGUGUUCUUUCUGAAGGAUGUCAGAUUACAUUUAUCCGGCAAGAACUGCGGAAGAGACAGUUAGGAGAUGUAACAGUGGAACGUUUUGAAAAUGUUCAAGGCAAACAGUUCCGGGUAGUAGUGAUGACCACCGUUCACACACGAGACAGCCUGCUCUCAUCUGACUCUGCUUACCUGGAUUUCUUCAAUGAUGCCCGAGUGCUGAAUACGGCCAUGACCAGAGCUCAGUCUCAGGUCAUUGUGGUCGGAGAUGCUGUGGCCCUGUGCAUGUUUGGGAGGUGCUCGAAGAUCUGGAAAAGCUACAUUGGCCAAUGUAUUGGGAAGGAAAGCAUGCAGCCACCACAUCUAACUGUAGAUGAUAUCGAAAAUGAUGUGAAGGUAAAUGUUAAAUUCUUCAAAGAAACAGAAGAAGACACCAGGGACACCGACUCAAUCACAUCUGAGAUAAGUGACACUGAAGACCCUAUACUGAAGGAGCUCUUGGAAAGCAAAGAUGUCAGGAUCACUGUCACAGCGGAUGGCAUCCUGGACAUUUGUCCAAGUCAGAAACUCGGAGAAUCCAGUGAAUCCCCAGAAUGUGACCAACAACCAAUUCUGAGUUCAGCAGCUCCAGAAUCGAUGUGCCAUUUGCUGACGAACCCACAUCGGUUCAAACGCUGUGUAUUGAUUAUGGAGAGGUUUCAUCUAAGCUAUGCUAGACCUUUGGAUGAUCCCACUCUCUGUAUUCAAAUCAAAGGCAGGAAGAAUAUUGGCCACUCUUUUCACAGAGAUCAUGUUGUAGUAGAGCUACUAAAUGAUGACCGCUGCUUUCCAGAAGGGAGAGUGCUUGAUGUUCUGCAGACAGAAGAGACAUCGAGAUUGCAUGUCUGCACCAUGGACAGAUAUGAUCAUCAGCUGAUGGUUCCUAUUAACAACGCUGUCUCAAAAAUUUUCACUCCAUUGUACAAGGACAAACCCAACUAUGUUGCUGUGAGGACACCAGAUAAUGAUUACAGAAAGCCAGUGGAGUUUGUGAAAAUAAAUGAAGUCCUAAGGAGAGAAAGCCUUUUUGUUGUCAAGGUCUUGAAGUGGCAAAGAACAUUUAAAUAUCCCUUAGGUGUUGUGGUGAAGGUCCUUCCAAAGGUGACCUCAUUAGAGGCUGGUCUGGAAGUAUUAGAUACUGAAUACCAACUCAAUAGAACUCUUUCUCUAUCUGUUCAAGAAGAAAUUAAUUGCAUGGAUAUAAAUGAAGGGGGUGAGAACAGGAAGGAUUUUCGUAAAUACACAACCUUUACCAUUGAUCCAGAAGAUUCACAAGACAUGGAUGAUGCAAUAAGUGUAAGAGAUUUAGGCCAAAGAUAUGAAAUAGGAGUUCAUAUUGCUGAUGUUGCUAGUUUUGUUACCAUGGGCAGUGCUACUGACAAAUAUGCUCAGAAACUUGGAGUUACUUUUUAUUGUCCUGGAAAAGAACCUGAACACAUGUUCCCAAAAUGUCUCAGCACAAAGAAUUUCAGUUUGCUGCCUAAUUGUGAGCGACGUGCCAUUUCUCUGAUGACAGAGGUGGAGAAGAACACAGACCGGAUUGUAAGCAGCCAGUUCCACCUCUCUGUGAUAUGCUCAGACAGAAAACUGUCUUAUGAAGAUGCUGAGACUAUAAUCCAGAGCAACUCUAACAAGAACCUGUCAUGUGACACUUUGGAAGGCUGUGUUGCAAAAGCUUGCCACUUUUCAGAAGUACUCAGAAAGGAGAGGAAACUGGCUGACUGGUGCUAUAAAUCACCUGAUGAAGAGAUCCACAUGGGGAACAUAUCUCACAGGAUGGUUGAAGAGCUCAUGGUCCUGUUUAACAGUUCUGUGGCUGACUGGCUACUCAGUAUUGAAAAGACAAAGAGCUUAACUCCUCUGAGAUGUCAGGACAAACCCAACCCAGUGGAAGUUUCUCAUUUUAAAGAAAAGCAGAGGUCAUUGAUACCUAUGUCCCUUCACCUUUCAUACCAUACAAAUGAGAGUGGAAGAGCGGACAACAGCCAGAAUACAGUUGACACUAAAAUCAUGUCUCAUCACACACUCAUAACUCAAGAAGAUAAAGCAUCCAUGGAACCAACAACUGCUCAACAUUCUCCCUUGCAGGCUUCCAGCAAUUUCUGCAUACUUAGUUCCUGGUUGGAAGACCUUGAAUCUGCAGCUCACGAAGGGGAUAUUCAUAGAGUAAUUGAUAUAAUUACAACAGACAACAUUCAUCCACAGUUGCUGCCUGUUGUAACUGAGUUCAUUCAUCUUCUAAGUAAGGCUCAAGUACUUCGCUCCAACUCAUCAGCCCAAUCCAGAGUGGGACACUAUGACAUGCAGCUUGACUCGUACACCUGGGCCUCAUCGCCCAUUCGCCGCUACGUAGAUGUGAUUGUACAGAGGCUCCUGCAUGCAGCCGUUGAGGACACAAACAUCAAAUACACACCUACACAGAUUGACUGGCUUUCUACAGACUUUUCUCAGAAACACGUGGAACAGCGGGAUUAUGAAAAGAAAGCGCAGCUUCUGAAUACUGCAUCACAGCUGAGCACGCAAAGUCUGAGAAAGAUAUGUUUUGUUGUUCAAGUGCCACAGAACAGCAAAAUGUUUUAUUUACGCUUUCCUUUGAACAAUACUUCACUGCCAAAACAAAUUACCAUAAUGUACAAGGACAUACAGCUGAUAGCUCAGCCGGAAUUCGAUGAAGAAAGUGAAUGCAUGGUCCUGAACUGGAUGCGAAGGAUUUAUUCCUUCAAUAACAAUCAGUCACCUUUUUGUUCAGGACACCACACAGCCACUGAAACGACAUCCAUUCUUGCAGACACGUGGAAAGAGAUUCUUUCAUCAAUAAAAGCAGAAGAAUGGGAGAAUGUGCUUCAACUGACCAAGGAAAUCCGCUCAAGUAUUGUUAAAGAUGACAGCAUGCAGCCUGAAAGGCUAACAAGUGAUGAUCACUACACUGAUGUGUCCCUGAAACUGAAGGCUGGUAAGACAAUGGAAGUACAACUUGGAUCAGAUACAGAAAGAGGGUUGCUGGUCCCUGUGGUACAACUGUUGGUUGUUCAUCCUGGGUUUGAAAUUUGCCUGGAACAUGCAAAGAAUGCAGUGCAAUGCUUUUCCCAGUAUGCACUGCAAUCUACAAAGAAGCACUAUAACACCUACAUGGACUAUCAGAAAAUCUGGAAACCACUUUGUGAAAUGGAGUCAGCAUCCAGUGCUGUGGCAGAAAAUGACAGCAUUAUCUUUGACGAUAUAGUCAUUACUUUUAAAAAGGACAGUAAAUGUAAGAAUCUAGUUGGAUUUUUUCGACUUUCCCUGGAGACCAUCAAGCAGUGGUCCAUUGAAUGUGAUCUGAAGCAUUGCUUUUUGUGUAUUCGACUGAGAAACCAAAUACAAAACAAAAACAGACCAGAGAAGCUAUCAGACCAUGUAGAUCCCAUGUCCUACACAUGGAUCGCUCAUGGAAUAACCACUAAAAUCACCGAUGAGGAUGAAUCCAAGAGACUCUCCUAUGUGCAAGUAAACUUCUGCGUCAAUCACCUGCCUUUCAAAAAUAACCCAGAAGGUAUCUUCAGGAAGGAUACCAGAUUCACUCUGGAGUUAAUUCCUAAGCUGUUGCCUGAUGUGCGCAAAGAGGUAGCCAUUUACCAACUUGCCCAGGCCAACCUGCUUGUGCAGAACAUUGCAGUUGGCAGGGAGACAUGCUUCCAAAGUGUAAGUAAAAGAUGGAAAUCACAAAUGACAAAAAAAAGGCUAGAGGACUUUCCUGCACUUAAUAACAGCCAGAAUAAAGCCAUACAAGAAGCUCUGGAAAACCAAUUCACUCUCAUCCAGGGCCCCCCAGGAACCGGAAAAACUGUGGUUGGAGUCUAUCUUGUUUAUUGGUUCUUCAUGUCAAACGAAAAGAAAACAGAAGAGGAGUCAGCAUACAGACUAGAAGACAUGAAGAAAUCCUGCAUCUUAUACUGUGGGCCUUCCAAUAAAUCAGUGGAUGUUGUUGCUAAGCAGCUCCUGAAGAUACAGCGUGUUCUGAGACCACUAAGAGUAUACAGUGAGCAGAUGGAAAUGCUGGAGUUCCCUUACCCAGGAAGCAACCUCAAACUCUCACGCAAGGCUCAGAGGGAAGGAAGGCCCAGCAAUGACCUCACAUCGAUCACACUGCAUCAUAAGAUACGGAGAUCCGGAAACCCAUUCUCAGCUCAAAUCCGGGAGUUUGAUGACAGGAUUAAAAGGAAGGAGGAAAUCACUGACGUCGAAGUCGAAAGGUACAAAGAACUUCUGAACAAAGCUCGCCAAUUUGAGCUGGAAAAUCAUGAUGUCAUUUUGUGUACCUGUACUGCUGCCUCAAACCCAAACUUCACCAAGAAAUUGGCCGUGCAUCAGAUUAUAAUUGAUGAGUGCGCUAUGGCAACUGAGCCAGAGGCUCUCAUACCGCUGACCGUCCAUAAACCCAAACAGAUUGUUUUGCUUGGGGACCACAAGCAAUUACGGCCCAUUUUGCAGAAUGAUCUUACGAAGAAGUUAGGAAUGGAGAAGUCUUUGUUUGAACGUUAUGUGGACAAUGCCCUCAUGCUGGAUACACAGUACAGAAUGCAAAGAAGCAUUUGUGAAUUCCCCUCAAAUGAGUUCUACAAUGGUCAACUGGUGACUGGAAUUGACCGUAAACCCAGCAUGCUGAUGAUUAAAUCUCGACCCACCGCUAUCCUAUUUGGACACGUUGAAGGGAAGGAGGAGAGACUAAUUGUCUCCACAGAGCAAGGGAAUGAAAACUCAAAGGCAAAUUCCGAGGAGGCCGAUCAUUCGGUUCGUAUAGCUUCACUUCUAAUAAAGCAUUCUGGGAUACAACCCGAGAACAUUGCCAUUCUGACACCAUACAAUGCCCAGGUGGCAAAAAUUAAUGAAGCCCUGUGCAGGAGAAACAUUACAAAUGUCACUGUAACCACCAUUGUGAAAAGCCAAGGAAGUGAAUGGCGCUACGUCAUCAUGUCUACCGUGUGCUCCUGUCCACAAUCCGAGAUUGAAACUGAACCCACCCGAUCGUGGAUAGUGCAAAAGCUGGGCUUCGUGAUGGAUCCCAACCAACUCAAUGUCGGCAUCACCAGAGCGCAGGAAGGACUCUGUAUUUUAGGCAACAAGAACUUGCUACGGUGCAGCUCCCUUUGGAGGAGACUGCUGGAUCAUUACGACAGGCAUCACUGUGUGGAGGACAACGCAAAGGACAUUCAUGUCCAAAGCAAAACUGUGAAAGCAAAGAAGAAAUCCUACAAGUUCAGCCGUCAGAUGAAGUAAAACAUUCUUCAAAAUCUCUGGAGUUUAUCACCAAGAUGAAACGCCUUUAUUACCUUCAGAAGCUGCUCUUGGUUUUUAAUGAAUGGUUCUCAGACCCCCCCCCCCCCCCCCGUGGGGAGUCCCCCAGUCACCCAUACGUGUUCUUUUCCACCAUUAAUCAAUUAACGGAAUAGAGAGCAGUUCAUCAAUUCCAUUAGAUGGUCUGGUAGUAGAAUAUAAAGUGUACCAAGACAAUAUGUACAAUGGGACUCGUCAGAAGUUUUAAAAACCCCUCGUUUGGAAUAAGGUCUGAGUAGUUGAUGCGUAGGUGAACACUGGGUGUAAACAAUGGAACACCAGUCCGUAGUUUGGAACAUCUGUGUGUGUUUAAUAGUCCUCUCAUUAGGAUAAGUUGUAAACAGGAGAUGAGGGGGCCCUCAAUAAUGAACUGAAAGACAAGUAAUUGUGAAGUAUUUACUAUAUAUAUAAGUAUAAACCAGUGUGGUGUGAUUUGCUUGGUUAAUCAGGGAUUAUAUGAAAACCAUCUUCGUUAAUUUAUACAGGGAAUUUGGAGGUCUGAUAAACAUCAUUAUGUAAUGACUGUGUAUAUUGUAAUAACUGCACAUAAUGUAAUAAAAAUAGUGAGUGUAUAAUGUAAUAAGAUAUUGCACGUAAUGUAGUAAGUCAUUACAUUAUUUGGAAGUUAUUACAUUAUGAACUUAGUGUAAAUGUUUUUGUUAAAAAUGUAAUAUAUUGACACAUAUUGUAAUUACUAAAUAAAAUUGCUUGCUUUAAGGUCCA